AGGGAUAAUGCUUUAGGAUAUGAAAGGCAGUAACAUAGAGCAGGAGAGGAAGCAUCAUCAGAAACGAGACAUUGAAAAAUCUGUGAGGAAAAUCGCAGCAGCCGCCGUUGAUCCAGUGCUGAUUGGGAUCACAGGGCGGUUGAUGCGCGCGGCGUCGUUCUCCUGUUCUGCGCAAAUACCGCCGGAGUCUCUACAGCAUCAGCAGGAGGAAAAUCGCCACCCUCAUCGCGUUGAUCAAGGAGCCGUCUCUCACCUGGGUGUGGUCUCACUGGAAGGAUGAGGAUCCUAUUGUUUUUGCUAGUGCUCUUCUCGCUGGCUUUGAGCUAUGCUGUGGGCCGGGAUGUGUGUGUUUCGGGUCAUGACAGUGGGCCAGUGUUUGAAGAGCAGCCAUCCAGUCUGAUUUACCCAGAGGGGCUGCCUGAGGGCAAAGUGACCCUGAAUUGCCAGGCAAGAGCCAGUCCUGCAGCCUCCUACAGGUGGCGUGUUAACGGCACAGAUGUGGUAAUAGGAGAAGACUCUCACUACACUCUGGUAGCAGGGAACUUGGUGAUCAAUAAUCCCCAACAUGGCCAAGAUGCUGGAUCAUACCAGUGCCUUGCCUUCAAUCGCUGUGGCACCAUCAUUAGUCGAGCAGCUAACCUAAAAUUUGGCUAUCUCCAUGAUUUCCCUUCAGAAAGCAGGAGUCCUCAGACGGUUUAUGAGGGAGUUGGGACUUUCCUGGCUUGCCAACCUCCAGCUCACUACCCAGCUCUCUCCUAUCGCUGGCUCCUUAAUGACUUCCCGAACUUUGUCCAGCCAGACAAGGGACGGUGGUUCGUGUCUCAGGUGACAGGGAACUUGUACCUAGCUAAUGCCAGAACCAAUGACACAGGCAACUACUUCUGCCUCACCACCAUUAACAUGGACAUCACCACUAAGAGUACAUUCAGCAAAGCCAUCCAGCUCACAGUGCAGCCUGACGCUAACCCCAGGAAGUCAGCUCCCAACAUCCGUGUGCGUUUUCCCUCUGAGACAUAUGCCUUGGCAGGUCUCACAACACAGCUGGAGUGUUUUGCCUACGGCAAUCCUACACCUAAACUGCGCUGGAGGAAAGUGGAUGGAGUUUUACCCUCCAAGGUUGGAUCAAGUGCAGAAAGCCCCAUCCUGACCAUUCCUGACCUAAGCUUUGAUGAUGAGGGCAUGUAUGAAUGUGAGGCUUACAGCUCAGAGGGACGGGAUACGUACCAGGGUCGCAUCUUGGUCCAAGCCCAACCAGAGUGGCUUCAGGUGAUGAGUGAUUCUGAGGUGGAAAUCAGCUCACAGCUACACUGGAGUUGUGUGGCAGCAGGAAAACCAAGACCUUUAAUACGCUGGUUUCGCAAUGGACUACCUCUCAGCACACAGGACCGUGUGGCGGUGAACGGUGGUCACCUAAAAAUCAGCAACUUGGCACUGGAAGAUUCUGGGAUGUACCAAUGUGUGGCUGAGAACAAACAUGGCACCAUCUACUUUAAUGCAGAACUCAGAGUUCAAGUCCAGGCUCCAGAUUUUAGGCUGAACCCAGUAAGAAAGCUGGUCCCAGCUGCUCGUGGAGGUCAGGUGAAGAUGGAAUGUAAACCACGUGCUGCUCCUAAACCCACGCUCUUCUGGAGCCGUGGCACUGAGCUCCUCACCAACAGCACCAGGGUUACAGUCACGCCAGACGGAGUUCUGUGGAUCUAUAACAUCAGCCGUGCAGAUGAAGGAAAGUACACUUGCUUUGCUGAGAAUUACCUGGGCAAAGCCAACAGCACUGGGCAUCUGUCAGUCAGAGAUGCAACCAAAAUUACACUGGCGCCGUCGAAUGCUGACAUCAACCAGGGGGAUAACGUCACCCUACAGUGUCACGCAUCCCACGAUCCCACCAUGGACCUCACUUUCACAUGGUCCCUCAAUGGGGUCCCAUUAGACCUGGAGACGCCAAAUACACAGUACCAUCGUGUGGAUGGGAAAGAAACCAUCGGUGACCUGGUUAUUAUGAACACCCAGCUGAGCCAUGCAGGUAUCUACACCUGUUCAGCACAGACAGUUGUAGACAGUGCAGUGGCGAGUGCCAGGCUGGUCGUUAGGGGCCCGCCAGGCCCUCCUGGAGGUUUGGUGGUUAAGAAUGUAAAUGAAACAUCACUAGAGCUAAGAUGGAGUCGUGGCUAUGACAACCAUAGCCCUAUUGGGAAAUAUGUCAUCAUGGGCCGCUCUGAGCACUCACAUGACUGGAGAAGAAUGAGGACAGAACCCACUAAUAUUGAGGGCAAUGCUGAAUCUGCACGUGUGAUUGACUUACGACCCUGGAUGGACUACCAGUUCCAGGUCAUUGCCAGCAACAUUCUGGGUAGCGGUGAACCCAGCAUGCCUUCACAAACUAUUCGCACCAAACAGGCAGCACCAACUGUUGCACCCAGUGGUCUGGGUGGAGGAGGAGGAAACCACAAUGAGCUCAUUAUCACAUGGACACCUAUGGCCAGGGAAUAUCAGAAUGGUGAUGGCUUUGGCUACAUCUUGGCAUUUAAGAACUUGGAGGCAAUAACAUGGAUGGUGGUUCGUGUUCCUAAUGUGGAGUCUUCACGUUAUGUCUACAGUAACCAGAGUCUCACGCCAUACUGCCCCUUUGAAGUUAAAAUCAAAGCCUACAAUAGAAAGGGCGAAGGCCCUUUCAGUCAAAUAGCCAUAGUGCACUCGGCUGAAGAGGAGCCCAUAGUGUCUCCUCGCAAGAUCAAUGCCUCAGCGUUAACCGCCUUUGAGAUCCAAGUCUCUUGGGAACCCAUCCAGCAUUUAAGCAGCAAUGGAGUACUGCGUGGCUAUGAGAUCCGGUACUGGCGGCAGCAUGAGAGGGAAGCUGCAGCAGACCGUGUGCGAACAGCAGGGCUGGAGAAUACAGCCCGGGUGACUGGAUUAAGACCCAACACACUUUAUCAUGUCACUGUUCUUGCCUACAACAGUGCUGGCACUGGGCCGGCCUCUCCACGCACCACUGUAAUCACCAAGAAACCCCCCCCUAAUCGUCCACCAGGGAAUGUUUCAUGGAAGACGGAAGGUGCAUGGGUAACAGUGAGAUGGGAUCAUGUUAAAUCUAUGGAGAAUGAGUCUGCAGUGCAGGGCUACAAAGUUCUAUACAAACAUGAGGGUCAAUCAGCUCUAAAGGUGUUAGACAAAGGCAAGACAUCAAUUACUCUUCCAUUACCCAAAGAUAAUGGCUAUGUGGUCCUGGAAAUCCGAUCUUGGGGAGAGGGAGGUGACGGGGCAGCUCACGAGAUCAUUGUGUCUCGAGAUUCAGGAACUGGAAUGAUGGUUCAGAAAAACAGUGUGGGAAUCCCAAGAUCCUUCAGCACAUUAUUUUUGCUCUGGCUUGCUGUGGUUCUCAAUAUGACUGGAUUAUCAGUGCUAUGAUUGGCCAGUACAAAAGUCCUUUCUCAAUAAUAGUAAACAAAUAUUGACUGGUUACUCCCCAGGUGGUGUGGAAGUAUAGGCAGUGAGGUCUCCGAUGCGGGAGGUUGGGGAGGUUGGGGGAGGGUUAGUGCCUGAGGUUUUAGUAAUAAAUAUGACAAGCAGUUUUUGUUUUACUCUUUUGUACAAACAAAUGAUUUUUAAAAAACAGUUUUAAAAACUUGCGUUUGAAACCUUGCAUUGUGGGGAAAAAAAAUAGAUUACUUGAUUUCUUGGAAUUGGUCAGUGACAUUACAUCUGGUACUGUGUUUUCAGUUUUAGUCAUCAUUAUAAAUAAGUGAUAAAAGGCGCAGAUUUUAACAGGUCAAGAUCAAUAUAUCUUUUGAUGUACAUACAGUGGGCUUCAUUUGUCAGUUUUUCAGUAAAGUUGUGUGUAAAUAUUUUCAUAUGUCAAACCAGACUAAAUGAGUUUCGUAAGAAGACAGAAAAUGGCGAACUAGGGAUUAUACAACACUUGCUUGAGGCAUACCCGAUCACACAUCAGGCCCCUUAGUACCUAAGAGUAUUGCAAAGCAUUAAAAGGAGGUGCUGUAAAAUGUACAGUAUCUUGCAGUCCAUCCUCUUUUCAUUACUGCAGCAUCCUUGACUGGUUUUAUUUAUCUAAAUUUAAGGAUUUAUACUGAUUUGUAAUUAUUUUUUUUCAUAUCCAGUAUUAUUUUUUUAUGCCUUUAGUAGUAAGAAUUUGGGUUUUACAAAAUUUAUAACAUAUGUUUGUAAUGCAUGUACAUUGAUCAGCCAUAACAGCACUGCCUGGUGAAUUGAAUAACGUUGAUUAUAAAUGAUUGGCUUGUAAUCCGGUGAGAGGAUCAUGGGCAACAAAGGCUAGCUUGUCUAGUCCAAUCCCAUAGAAAUGCGGUCCAUGAUAGGAAGGUAUGAGAGCACACAAGUGCAUCAGAGGCUUAGCAGGUAAAGAGUUCAGGGCUGGUAAAUUGAAACAAACAGCACCCAAAGGAUCCACCAUAUCAUAUGCCCAGAGGUCCUGUGGAGGUCAUGUGCCCUGGUGGAACAAGAGGAACCUAAAAUUUAGAUGGUUUAAAUAAUAAUGGUUUUAUAGUUAUGGCUGAUCAGUGUAUAUGCUUUAAAACCAAUAAGCUGAGAUUUCAAACACUGAGGAGCAUGAGUAGGAUACAGAUUUUCUUGUGGAAAGUAAAGGUCUUAAUGAAUGCCAAAUGUAUUGUAUAAAUGCUCCUAUAAAAAAUUCACAAAUAAAUCCAUUCAUAUUCAACUUGAUAAAUGAGUUUCAAUGUCAGGUUAUGCUCAUCUUUGUAUUCAGACUCAUUAUCUUAAUCACCAUGUAGAAACAAAGCUCUUUUUAUAAGUUGUUGGCAUUGUUUGACAGCAUCUGACAACAGGCUGUAUUUAAUGUAGGAUUUGUUUACAUUUUAUUUUGCUCACAGAUUAUAUACAGUGUUUACUAUCAACAGCAUCCCCUCAUUGUUACAAUGUACACCCAAGUGUGUGAAUGUAAUAUGCUUGUGUGACUAUUUUAGGAUAAUGGUUGCCAUAGACACAAUGGUUAAACAAAAUAAUACCUGAUAAUAAAGGCGGUAUAGCUUGUGAGGUUAUCUUAACCUGGGUUAUUUAGUUAUCAAAGUCAUUAUUAUCGUUUUUUUCUUUAUCAAGUGUUAUGUAAAAGAAUAAUCAAUAACCAGAAAUUAAUUGUUUGCCAGAAAUCAAGUAAAAAGUCCAUGGAGGCGGAUUUUUAUACAGUGUGUUAAAGUGCACUCUGGCUAAUUACCUAUGUGUGGUAAUAUUUAUGGCAGUAUUUUUCUUUUUAUGGCCAGGGUGAUUCACUUAAAAGAGGGGUAGAAUAUUCUGUAAUAACUCUCGCUAUAAUUAAGCACUCUCAACCACCCAAACAACAACAAAAAAGGCUACAUACCGAACCUUGAUGUUUGUGUAAUCAAUUAUACUACAUGCAAUGCUGGAAGUGAUCUCUGUUUUCUGACACAUUUCUACGGAGUGCUCCGCUACCUUUUCGGUUCAGCUCAGGAACGUCCUGGCGUGGUCGCAGCUCCAUAUACAGAGGAGCACAUUGUGCAUUAUUUCGUUCAGAUUGCUUUAUCCUAGCAAGAGUUAUUACACAAUAUUCUGGGCCUCUUUUGAGUGAAUCACGCUGUAUGUGCUGUUUACACUUGUACAUGCACAGCCUAAAAAAGAUUUACCGCAAAAUCCUCUUUUUUGUUACCAACCAAUAUAUGGAUCAGCACUAUUCCCUGUAUAGUGUUACUACUGUAUAUACUAUAUACUAGAAUAGAGCAUAAUUUGUAUUCUCGAAGUGUGUGAGUCUUAUCUGAACCAUCCAGAUCAUAAAUAUAGUACUUAAUACCUUCAGCCAUGUCAUUUGAAACAUCAAAAAGCAAAUGUUUUUCAUUGUGUCAUGUUGUCAAGUUUUAGUUUUAGUUUGCCCUUUUUUUUUUACAUUUGGUAAGGAUAUGGGCUACAGAUACACUUAUACAGUGGUACAGUGGUACAAUUUACAAUUAAACAAAGCUUAAUAUAUCUUUCUGAGUUUGAAAAAUAAAUAUAA